AUGUCUUGCAACCACAAUGCCCGCUUUGGUGCUGAGGUGGUUCACAUCAGCGUGGGACCGGACCAGGAGGGAUUCACGGUCCACCAGAACGUCUUGAUUGACGUUGUUGGUGACGGCGUCUUCCCCGCCCAUCUCUCCAAGGAGCAGCCGAAGACUUUCCAGGCAUUCAUGGUGUGGCUCUAUGCCGCCUACACCUGCGCUACACACCUCGCCCUGCCCCCUGAGUCUGGCACGGUCGCCCUCCUCGAACUCUACGCAUUUGCCUACCAGUUUCUUAUCCACAACCUUCAAGACGCUAUUGUCUCUGUUCUCCACGAGAAAUUCGCCAGGGACAGCUACCUCUGGUUGACUCUCGGCUCCGACAAGCUCGCCCUCGAGACCUUCCUCAGGGUGAUCCCCUCUGAAAGCCACCUGUACAGACUUGUGGUCCGGUCCCUGGCGUACUCCGUGGAGAAAGUGAUGGACUCCGUACCGAGCGAGCUCUGCGGCCCCAUAUUGAAGGAGGUCUUGCUCCUAAAGACGCUGGGUGCCUGGAGGCAGGGAUUUGACAACACCGUCGGAUACAAGAUGAAGUUCCUCAGGCGGUAUGAGGACCUUGGUAGUGCUGGCUCUUCUGCAAGCGGAUGGUGA